CUCACAAUGCAUCAGUCUGUAUGGGUGUUUCCUUUCUAGCAUUUUUUUUUAAUGUAACUAAAAUCACUAUGGGGACAUUUCAUGGAUACAGUUACUUUUUUGUUGCACACUGUUUUUCAGAGAACACAAUGAGGCAUCAGCAGUAAGGAUGCACUGCAAGCUGCAAUCAUUGGUCCAGAACAAGUCUGCAUCUUGCAUUUCCAUCCUGAUUUCAGGGAAAGGCAGUAGGCAGCACACAGCCCCAUUGCAGGUCUAAUUGCCCCUGGCUGGGCUGGGCAAGGUGUCUAGGAAAUGACUCCUCUAUCUGUAGCAGGUAUGCAAGGAGCAUAGCAGGCUGAUGGUCCCUCAAUUGAGACAACAGAAGGGAUGCUAAUGCUGCUUGUGGUGCUGAGGCUGUUGCUGGGAGAGUCUGCUGCUGCGACAGGGGAGGACAAGACGAACAGUUGAAGGAGCCUCACAGCGCAUGCUCCAUCCCAAACACUGACUUAUAUUCUCAGUCAAGGUAUCAAGGAAAAAAAAUCUGCAUUUUUUAGAAAGAAGAACGUCCACUGAAGAAAAAAAUAAAAAUAAAUAAAGAAUACUCCUUUCAGAGUAUUAGACAUCAACAGGUAGGAACAUCUUUGAUUUUAUUUUAAUGAUUGAUUUAUCCUCAUUCCCCCACUCCUGCAUAUGGUAUAUGUGUUUCUGGCUGUAAUAAUAUUAAUGCUGUGUGUGGGUUCAGUGCUGUGCAAGGGAAAUGACUGAUAGACGAUAGAAGGGGUUUCUUUGCUAUCUGGUGUUGUUGACAAUAAACUGCAUAAUUGGAGCUCAGAGAGACAAUACGGAUACAGCAAGCUCUGCUUAUUGCAAGUCUGAACCUGGUAUGUUGCAAACAGACCCAAUGGAUGGCUGCAUUCCACUGAUUAUAGAAAGCCAUAACAAAGGGACAUUAUGGGAGUCAGUGUGUAUGGGUGUAUGUGCUUUAUCUAUCUAUCCUGUCUAUCUAUCUAUCUAUCUAUCUAUCUAUCUAGUCUGUCUGUCUAUCUAUAUAUCUAUCUGUCUAUCUAUCUAUCUAUCUAUCUAGUCUGUCUCUCUAUCUAUCCAUCUAUCAUCUAUCUAUCUAUCUAGUCUGUCUGUCUGUCUAUCUAUCUGUCUAUCUAUCUAUCUAUCUAUCUAUCUAUCUAUCUAUCUAUCUAUCUAUCUAUCUAUCUAGUCUGUCUAUCCAUCUCUAUCUAUCUAUCUAUCUAUCUAGUCUGUCUAUCUGUCUAUCUAUCUGUCUAUUUAUCUUUCUAUCUAUCUACCUAUCAUCUAUCUAUCAUCUAUCUAUCUAUCGUUCUAUGUGUCUUUCUAGCUGUGUGUAUGCAUAUAUAUAUAUAUAUAUAUAUAUAUAUAUACAUACACACACACACACAAUGCUUACACAAAUACACACUAUUACAUACAGACACACACACACACACACACACACACACACAAUCCAUUGUUACACUGACAACUGAGCAUUAAAAGAUGGGUUUUAUUUAGACAAAGCCUGUAUAAAUCUUGCAGAACUGCACACCCUGAUUCCCUUCCAUCCUUUGAGAAGGGGCAUAGUAACAGUUGCAAGGAUUCCAUGUAUGAAUAAUGGAGCCUGGAUCCUGAUUUCUAAUGUGGUUAGCUGUGCUGGAUCAGCUCAGAUGCAUUAGAACAUAUUUGUUCUCCAUGAAAAUGUUGGAUUGCUGCAGCCCUACAUGAUAGAGUGAAUCAGAAGGGUCUAAUCCUGCUGUGAUAUGCAUUUAGCUAACCAUGAUUACAAAGGGAUAACAGAUUGGAUGCUUAUUUUUUUAAGAGUGUGCUUUGCAAUAUACACAAGACUGUGCUAUUGUGGUAUACACAUUUCCAAGCCAUAUACCUACAGUAUUUGUUAAGCAGAGAGGUGGGGGAUGGGAACCAUUGUGAUUUUAUUUUCUAAUAGAGCACUGUGGACUAAAACACAUUAUGCACACACACACACACACACAUAUAUAUAUAUAUAUAUAUAUAUAUAUAUAUAUAUAUAUAUAUAUAUAUAUAUAUAUAUAUAUAUAUAUAUAUAUAUAUAUAUAUAUAUAUAUAUAUAUAUAUGUGGGUGUGAUCCAUAUAUAUACUAUAUCAGCUGCACAAUAUUCACUGUAUAACAUGUAAAACAUUCAUUACAAUCUCAUUAUCUAUUUGGGUAUAUAUAUAUUCAGUCUGCUAAUUAGUGCUGCUUAUUUCUCCAAUUUUGAGUGUUUUUUGCUACUAAAUUUAACUUGAAAACAAAUAAUAGUAUUCAUUUACUUCCCCCCUCCUUUUCUGCAUAAAUUAACAUUCUUAUGGUAGCACUUUCUCACAUCAUGACUUGCUACCUAGAAAAAGAAGAAAAAGAAGAAAAGAAAAGAUUUCUUUGUUUAUUUAAUUAUUAUUUUUUUUACAGAUCUCUUGACAGUAUGACACAUCAGAAGAAUGAGAGAGAGGGAUGUGUACCAAGACACCAGCUCAGUUCUUUUUGUGGAUUACAUGUGAAGUAAAAUGUAUGGAUCUACCUUGUGCUUGCCCUUGUAUAUAGACCAUGAGACUUGACUGAAGCAAUAUCUAUAUCGUCCAUCUAUGGCGAACGAUAGCCAUGCAUCUGACAACAUCCUGCAAAAUGUGUCUCCUUUAACAGCAUUUUUAAAACUGACUUCAUUGGGCUUCAUCAUAGGAGUCAGUGUGGUGGGCAACCUUCUUAUCUCCAUCUUGCUAGUGAAAGAUAAGACCUUGCACAGAGCUCCAUACUACUUCCUUUUGGAUCUUUGCUGCUCAGAUAUCCUAAGAUCUGCUAUUUGUUUCCCAUUUGUGUUCACCUCAGUAAAGAAUGGUUCUACGUGGACUUAUGGGGCUCUUACUUGCAAAGUGAUUGCAUUUCUUGGUGUUUUGUCUUGCUUUCACACCGCGUUCAUGCUCUUCUGCAUAAGUGUGACCAGAUACUUAGCCAUAGCGCACCAUCGAUUUUAUACAAAAAGGCUGACCUUUUGGACUUGCCUGGCAGUAAUUUGUAUGGUGUGGACUUUAUCUGUAGCUAUGGCCUUCCCCCCUGUUUUAGAUGUUGGCACCUACUCCUUUAUAAGGGAAGAAGACCAAUGCACAUUUCAGCAUCGUUCCUUCAGGGCCAACGACUCUUUGGGAUUUAUGUUACUCCUCGCCCUCAUACUUCUAGCCACACAGCUUGUCUACCUCAAGCUGAUAUUUUUUGUUCAUGAUCGAAGGAAAAUGAAGCCAGUCCAGUUUGUAGCCGCCGUAAGCCAGAACUGGACUUUCCAUGGUCCUGGAGCCAGUGGGCAAGCAGCGGCUAACUGGCUCGCUGGCUUUGGAAGGGGCCCCACACCACCGACCUUACUGGGAAUAAGGCAAAAUGCAAACACCACAGGCAGGAGAAGGCUUCUGGUUCUAGAUGAGUUCAAAAUGGAAAAAAGAAUCAGUAGAAUGUUCUAUAUCAUGACAUUCCUUUUCCUGACCUUGUGGGGUCCAUAUUUGGUAGCUUGUUACUGGAGAGUUUUUGCAAGAGGUCCUGUGGUGCCAGGGGGAUUUCUAACAGCAGCUGUCUGGAUGAGUUUUGCCCAAGCUGGAAUCAAUCCUUUUGUCUGCAUUUUCUCUAACAGGGAGCUGAGGCGCUGUUUCAGCACAACCCUUCUUUAUUGCAGAAAAUCCAGGUUACCAAGGGAACCUUACUGUGUUAUAUGAAGGAGCAUCUGCAGAAAUGUUUAGGCUUGUGAAACACUACCCUUGUCGGCAAAGCAUUUGUGGCCUGUAGCCAUUUCUUGAGAAGAUCAAGAAUGGAACGUCUGCAGCAUUGUGCAUACUUUGCAAUAGCGCACCUGUAAUCCUAUUUUAACCUAAAGUGCUCCUGCAGGCCACCUGGGGAAGGUUUGUAAUUGAAACAAAGGACUCAACCCAUGGAUCUAAUUUUAUAUCUGUGGUUGAAUGUUAGAUCUUGCAAAUUGGCAGGUGCUACAAUUCACUGCUGAAUGCUGUGUAUAUCACCACAUUUAAAAAAAAAAAAAACAAGAUACACCCAGAAAGGUUAGCAUUUGGACAUCUAAAUAAAUUGAAUUGAGGUAAUGUGUUAAUAAACAUGCUUUUAAGAGUUUGAAGACUCUGAAUAUUUAAUAUUGUUUGGGGGUUUGUUUUUUUCCUUCUUCUUUUGCAAAGAUUGACAAAUGAGAAUUUUAAAAUACUGUACCCGAUUAAGGAUUUGUCAUGCAUUAUUGGAUUCAUCUUACUAAAAGGUUGCUUUACCUUUAUAAAUAUUGGGGAGCAUUUCAAAGCAGUAUUUUUUUUGUUAAAAUUCUAUUCUAAUUUUUCAAGUAUUCUUUCUAUAAACAAAUGAAGGUUUUCUUUAAGAGUGAUACUCGCAAUUAAAUGUAAUCUGUGCUCUUUUGUUUGUUUUUUUUAUUUCUUUAAUUUGGCAAAUAUUAAUUUAUCCUUUUGUUUCGGACAAACCUAGAUAUCAAUCUCUUUGGCAACAUAAUAUGCUUAUUGCAGUAUUAAAGGAUUUACAUUUGGAACACUCACAAUGAUACAGAAUACAUCAUGUUGCCUUAAUGGGUUACAUAGUAUCUUCUAUUUUAUUUGAGACAAUUGGAUCAGUCACUUGUGGUCAGUCACUUGGGAGGGCAUGAAAGAUUGUUUGUACCAUGUCUUUCAUUUCACUCCCAUUGUUCCCCAAAUCAGUAUGCACAUUGCUUGGAUGAGCACCGCCUUUCAGAUGUGCUACAAAUUCGGGUCCAUUGUAUGAAAUACAGGCAGUUGAAUAUGUUUAUAUUUUUAAGUCAACUGUCGUGGAGAGAACAAAAGCAUUGGUAUUAUAUUUUGCACAAUUUGUGAAGCAUUAAUUCUACUGAAGGCACAGUCCUGUUUAUACUUUCUGCACAUUUUGGUGUAUUGGUUGUUAAUAUUAUUUUAUUUCGAUUUUUUUUCCUUUUUUUUUUUUGUUCUUGUGAAAACCUAUCAUUUUUAGUAUUUUAGAAUAACAUUAGAGUCUGUGAGUCUUUCUUUCCUUCUUUAAGAUACAGAUGUGUGUGAAAUUGAAAUAUAAAGUUGCAUUUGCCAAAUUUUUUUCUUGUGUAGCCUGUUAAUUUUCC